AUGGGUGCCGAGGCCCCGGGGAGCGGGCCGGCGCUGCGGGAACUCGUGCGUGAGGCUGAGAUCAGCCUGCUCGAGUGCAAGGUGUGCUUUGAGAGGUUCGGCCACCGCCAGCAGCGGCGCCCACGCAACCUGCCCUGCGGCCACGUGGUCUGCCUGGCCUGCGUGGCCGCCCUGGCGCACCCUCGGACGUUGGCCUUGGAGUGCCCCUUCUGCCGGCGAGCCUGCCGGGGCUGUGACACCAGCGACUGCCUGCCAGUGUUGCACCUCCUGGAGCUCCUGGGCUCCGCGCUUCGCACGGCCCCGGCCGCCCACUGCGCCGCCCCCUGCGGCCCCGGGGCCCUCACCUGCCACCACACCUUCGGCGGCUGGGGGACCCUGGUCAACCCUACCGGGCUGGCGCUGUGUCCCAAGACGGGGCGCGUCGUGGUGGUACACGACGGCAGGAGGCGAGUCAAGAUCUUUGACUCCGGGGGAGGAUGUGCUCAUCAGUUUGGAGAGAAGGGGGACGCUGCUCAGGACAUUAGGUACCCACUUGAUGUCACCGUCACCAACGACUGCCACGUGGUUGUCACCGAUGCCGGCGACCGCUCCAUCAAAGUGUUUGAUUUUUUUGGCCAGAUCAAGCUUGUCAUUGGAGGCCAGUUCUCCUUACCUUGGGGCGUGGAGACCACCCCUCAGAAUGGCGUCGUGGUAACUGAUGCGGAGGCAGGGUCCCUGCACCUCCUGGAAGUCGACUUUCCGGAAGGGGUCCUCCGGAGAACCGAAAGGUUGCAAGCUCAUCUGUGCAAUCCACGAGGGGUGGCCGUGUCUUGGCUCACCGGUGCCAUUGCGGUCCUCGAGCGCCCCCUGGCUCUGGAGCCCGGGGCCUGCAGCACCACGGUGAAGGUGUUCAACGCGACUAUGCAGCUCAUCGGCCAGGUGGAUACCUUUGGACUGAGCCUCUUCUUCCCCUCCAAAAUAACUGCCUCUGCUGUGACCUUUGACCACCAGGGGAAUGUCAUUGUUGCGGACACGUCUAGUCAGGCUGUCCUAUGCUUAGGAAAACCAGAGGAGUUUCCGGUACUGAAGCCCAUCAUCACCCAUGGUCUUUCCCAUCCUGUGGCACUGACCUUCACCAAGGAGAAUGCUCUUCUUGUGCUGGACAGUGCAGCCCAUUCUAUAAAAGUCUAUAAGGUGGACUGGGCGUGA